AUGAAGGCCGAAGCAACCAGCCGUAGUCGAGGCUCGACUCCGCUGUGGCACAUUGCUCUGGAAAAAUACCGCGAUGAAUUACAGGACGCCCAAGACUACGAAGCCAUCCAGGGGGUGCACUCACUCGAUGAACUCAUCAAAUCCAUGAGCACCAUCCAGGCCGGCCCUGGAGUCUCAGCCAGCCUGGUUACUCUGAAACGGUUGACACCCCGGCUCAAGUUCGUCGACGACUUCUCAGCCGUGCUGGCCUUGUGCUUCGGCGCAGACACGGCGCUCACGGCGGCCGUGUGGGGCAGCAUCCGGCUCAUCCUCUCCCACGCCUCCUCGGCCGCCGAGACGCUCCAAGACGUGCUAGACAUGCUUGAGGAGCUCAGCCUGACUCUCCCGCGCUUUCAGGUGUAUGAACGGACUCUACCGCUUAACCGCCAGCUUCAGCAAGCCUUGAUUGACGUGUACGGCGAGAUCAUCUGCUUUUACGCCCGUGCAAUUCACUUUCUACGCAGCAACCCGCACCUGGUGCUCAGGAAGAAUGCGUGGGGCAAAUUGCAGGCCGACUUCUCCCGAACUACAAUGCGAAUCAAGCGCAUGGCCUCGACGGUGGAGAGCGAGGCCGACCUGGCGCGAAUGCGCAAGGAUGAGGGCCAAUACAAGGAAGUUUUAGACCUGCUAGGAACCAUGCAGCUAGCCAGGGACGGUGAGAGCAAGCGUGUCAGGUACAGCAACAUCCCUUUCUCGGCCAAUGCAAAGUUCAGCGGACGUGAAGAAGUGCUGGCCACGAUUCAUCGUGCACUAGAUCCCGACACGGUAGUCUCCUCGCACAAGUCGGCAGCGCUGUUUGGCAUGGGCGGCGUCGGCAAGACGCAAAUUGCACUUGAGUAUGCUUACAAGUCUGUGCAUCAGUUCGACAUUGUCAUGUGGGUUGCGGCCGAUAAUGCCAUCGCCAUAGGCCAGAGCUUUCGGACGAUUGCCGACGGGCUUGGGCUGCUCGGCGAUGGUGACGAGACCAACCACUCGGCAGCUGCUAUAUGGAAGACGAAGAACUGGCUCCUGACUACUAAAUCCAGCUGUCUUGUGGUAUUUGACAACGCCGACGAUCUGGUUGCUUUGAAGACGGCGUGGCUAGGGGCCACUGGUGGCUCAGUCUCAAUGCUUCUGACUACACGGGAUCUCAGAGUUGCCACCUCGUUUGCUGCCCAAAACAUACACGUCAAUGCUCUUGGGGAUGACGAAGGCACCAAACUCCUGCUGAGGGCGAUUGACGUAGAUGAUGGCUCUCCGCUGGAUACACAACACGCACUCGCCAUCUCCAGGACCUUUGGCGGGCUGCCGUUGGCUCUCGCCCAGGUAGCAGGCUUCAUUACCCAGAGAAGGUUGGCCCUGAAGGACUUUCUGCCUCUAUACGAGCGGUAUUCGUCCAGGGUUGACUCUCGCAGGAACCCUGGCAGCGACUAUGAGCACACCUUGAGCACGGUGUGGGACAUGUCCUUCCACAAGCUGACCGAGACUAACUCUGCCUGCCUCCUUAACCUUCUGUCGUUUUUUGAACCAGAUGGAAUCUCAGAAGGCAUCCUAAUCAACGGUUCCAAGGACCUGGAUGAUGAGUUUCUCUUCCUGUCCGAUGAAUUUGACCUCGGCGAUGCUUCGGAAGAACUCAUGCGUGCAGCUCUUGUUCAGCGAACAGCUCAGUCUUCGGAUCUGUCUAUUCAUCGCCUCGUCCAGUCGGCUGUCAGGAAAAGGCUCGAAAGGUCCACGGCGGCCAAGCUUUUCGACGUUGUGGCCCAUAUGCUCUGCUGGGGCUUUCCCGAUCACUCGACUGUUGACAUCGGCCACCAGAUCUCGGCCUGGGCGCGAUGCGAAAAAUGUCUCCCUCACGUCCAUCAUCUUGUCGGGCUGGCCAAGAACUCUGGUAUAGCCGCCCUGGACCGGCAGAAGUACGCCGAUCUUUUACUCAGAUGCGGCUGGUAUCUGUAUGAGCGGGAAAUGUACACGGUUGCUAAAGGGAUGAUCGACCAGGCAAUCGCCGCAUUUGACGACAUGACGAGUCUGGCCUACGCCAGCGCCAUCGACCUCGGCGGCCUGCUGGACCUCGAUCUUGCCCAGGCCUCUCGGGCGCUAGGGCCCUUCAAGCGAGCCCUGGAGAUCCGCCGCGCCCGGCUCGGGCCCGAGGAUCCUUUUAUCGCAUACAGUCUAAACAACAUCGCACUUGCAUACACCGAGAUGGACGAACUGGAACUCGCACACGAGGCCCAUACGGAAGCGGUCCGCCUACGGCUGGCGGCCAAAAGCGACAGGAUAGGCAACUCUUACAGUAACUUGUCGAGUCUCUUGCUGCGGAUGGGCCGGCCCGACGAAGCCGAAGAGAUGCUAGCGCGUUGCCCGUCGCUCAAGGACUUCACUGACGAGACGUUCCUGGGGACGGGCAACCCGCGCUUCUCGGGCGAUAUGGUCCUCCUGUCGCGGAUCAGGCUGGAGCAGGGGCGCACGACUGAGGCCAUCAGGCUGGCGUCAAAGGCGCUCGAGUUUCGUCGCAAGCUGCUGGGCAGCCGGCUCAAGACGUGCGACUCGCAGUACGACGUGGCGCGCAUGCUCGCCCUGGAAGGAUUCGAGAGCUCGGCCAUCCAACUGCUAGAGGAGAUUGUCGGCAUCUCCGAGACCUUUGUGGAGGGCCAAGGGCAGCGCGCCAGGGCCCUCUAUAAGCUCUCCGAGAUUUAUCACAAAGGCGGCCAGGAGGCAUCGAGCGACGAGUGCAAGCGACGGGCGAUGGAGCUGCGCGCAGCCAUGAGGCCGGAGCUUAGCGACGCGCCAUUUGAGGAGGCAGAAUUUGGAAAGCUCUGCUCGUGGAUGCUUUGGUGA